AUGACGUCUAAUUGUGUACGACGAGUUCUUUUACCAAUUGAUGGUAGUGAACAUAGUAAAAGAGCAGUGAAUUGGUAUUUGUCAGAAUUUAGUAGACCAGAUGAUUUUGCCUAUUUCUUUCAUGUGGUUGAAGCAAAUUACUCCAAGUCUACUGCAAAUGAGACACAUGAUCAUGGAAAAGAAAUUAGUCAUAUUCAAAUGGAAUAUGUUAUGCAAGUUGGAAGUAAACCAGGUGAGCUAAUAAUUAAUGCAGCUAAAGAACGAUCUGUUGAUGUUAUAUUGAUUGGAAAUCGUGGUUUAGGCGCAUUCAGACGUACAUUUUUAGGUUCUGUUAGUGAUUCAUGA